AGAGACAGGCAGGUGUAAGAGGCACGGGAAUCUCUCUCUUCAAGAAUGAUCACCGACAGAACUGCUGACGAGAUGUCUACACAUGCUGACUCCUCCAAAGGCUCCACAAGCACUGUGUAUGAGAUCGUUGUGGUCUCUGUUGCUGGGACAAUGCUAUUGGCAUCGGCACUGAUCUUUCUUCUGGCUGUCGCACGAAAGCGCGGCUACAACUGUGUCUUCUACGGAAUGUGCACCGAAGAGAAAGAAACUCCAAAUAUCAACGUCAGUCGGAACACACAGGACACCAUUUCCACCAUAGAUUUGCCCGGCCCAGUCCAUAUCACUUAUGUCAAUGAGAAAGAGAUUCCCAUCACCAGAGUGAAGCUCUCGAGGGACGCUCUCCUCUACAUUUCCCUCAUCACUUGCAUGAACCUGCCGGAUGAUAUCGAAUCGGAGGAAAGUCUCUGAACCCCGAGGGGGAGGGCUGAUUAAUGGACCGUCCCACUAUCUGUGCUGUCACUCACACAGCCGACCAACCCACGCUUGGUUCCCAUAGGGAUACAAAUAGGAUAAAGGGCUUCAUCCAUGAUAAAUGCCUUCUAUCAGAUAUAUUUAUUCUCACAAGCUCCUGAAACCAUUACGUUAUGGCUGUGAAUUGUAGGAUUGGGAGUCUUUCUUCUUCAGGAAACAAUGGAAACCUUGAGGCUUGCAGAACAGGAAGAGAGCAAUGGACUAUGGGAAGAAAAGUAGUUCAUGAAGAGAGUGCCCAAGUAAUGGCCUCUAAAUAAAUGCAAUGGCCAUGAAGCCUCCUUCAACCUGCCCUUAGCUUCUGAUCAAUGCAGGAUGAAAAACCUGUUAGUAGCCAUUGGACAAUAAUAAUACUACUGGCACUGUUUGUGAACUGUACAAAGAAAAGGAAUCCUGAGCUAUUCUGAUCACUGAUAGUAAAGGGGAACUACAACUUCCAAACCUAAAUGUGUUAAAGAGCCCCACACACACAGAAACCUUUAAUAUCCAUAUCCCUGUAAUCUGUUCCUUCAAAAAC